GUCCCUAUUACGGUUUACAACUCAACUCAGUUGAAUUGAAAUUGAAACAACUCAACUUUAAAACAACUUAACUCUUUUUUGGCAUUACGAAUUACAACUCACUUCAGUUGAAGUUGUAUUGAUGUUGCCAACCUAAAAAAGUGACGAUUUGACAGAUAAUUAAACAGCUGAUGAUUUUGUGGCGAAAAAUUAAAACAAUAUACUUUACUUAAGGUGUACGAGAGAGUGUUUUUUUUUUCAAAUAAAAAGUAAAAUGGACAUAAGCGUUGAUUUAUUUUACAACAAUGAAAAUUUUGGUCCCAAAACUGAUGUGCUGCGCAUACGGAAAAGGCUUCGUGAUCACUCGAAUCCUUUGGAACUUCCAAGCACCAAAUUCAUAAGCUACUUUCGUUUAAAUAAGGAAGCAUUUGUCUUUUUGCUAAACGAGAUGGAUGAACAUUUCCAGAAACGUGUGCGAGGAACGGCUGUACCUCCCAUAUUGAAAUUAUGUGCAACUCUCAGGUUCCUUGCUGACGGCAGUUAUCAAAAGUGCAGUGGAAAUGAUUUUAAUGUUGGACUGGCGCAACCUACAAUAUCUGUAGUUAUUAAGGAGGUUUUAAAUAUAAUUGAGCAGCAUAUUUGUGGAAAAUGGAUUACAACCCAAAUGACUGAAGAGGAGCAAAACACGUCAAAAAUUGCAUUCUAUUCAAAAAGCGGAUUCCCCGGAGUAGUGGGUUGUAUCGAUGGGACUCACGUUCGCAUCAUUUCACCAAAAAAAGAAAUGCAACAUCUUUAUCUAAACAGGAAAGCCUACUACAGUUUAAACGUCAUGAUUCUUUGCGAUUACAAAAUGGCUAUCCGGUAUGUGGAUGCUAGGCACGCGGGCGCAAAUCACGAUUCCUUUGUUUUUAACGUAAGCGAUUUGAAAGAGCAUCUGCAGAGAAACAUACAGAGUAAUUCCUGGAUUUUAGGCGACGCUGGUUACCCUCUACAAACUUUUUUAAUGUCUCCUUUCCGCAUGGCAGAAGCUGGUUCACCACAAGCUCGCUACAAUACAAUACACUCUAAGGCUCGAAAUAUUGUAGAACGGACGAUUGGAAUAUUGAAAAGCCGAUUUCGUUGUCUUUUAUCUGUGCGUGGCUUACAUUAUUCACCAGCAAAAUCUACACAAAUUGUGAACGCUUGCUGCGCUUUGCAUAAUAUUUGUCAACACUUUCGCGUGGAACUUUCUGAAGAAAUUGCAACCGCUUCAAGUACGGAAAUAAGCAAUGAAAACCUGAACAUUGAAACAGAAGACGAGGAUGCCGCCAGAAGAAUUCGCAAUAAUAUUUUGUUAUCCAUUUAAUAGAAAUAAAAA